AUGUCUACAGGAACACCAGCCUCUCAAGCUCAACACCCGUCUGCAGUAUCGGAUAGCAAGGAACACAAGUUCAAUCCGAACUUCACACAAGCGGUCAUCAAUGCGACGGGACCAAAGGCUACACCAAGAGUCAGGCAACUUACAGCAGGAUUGAUACGGCAUCUUCAUGAUUUUGCGAGGGAGAAUGAGCUCACCGUCGAUGAGUGGAUGACAGGAGUCGAGCUGAUGAAUGCAGCAGGUCGCAUGUCAGACUCCAAACGCAAUGAAGGCCAAUUGCUGUGCGAUAUUCUCGGCCUCGAGUCUCUCGUCGACGAAAUUACCUAUAAGCUUGCUUCUACCGCCGCUGACGAACCCACAUCAACCGCUAUCCUAGGCCCCUUCUAUCGGCAGAACGCUCCGAAGCUGCCUAUGGGCUCCUGUAUCGUGUCCAAGGAGAUAAAUGAGCAAGGUGACCGGACAUUUAUGCAUGGCACCGUCACAGACUUCAAGACAGGUCAGCCUAUCGAGGGCGCGGUGGUGGACGUAUGGCAUACGGCACCGAACGGACUGUACGAACAACAGGAUCCAGACCAGCCAGAGAUGAAUCUCAGAGGCAGAUUCACAACAGGCAAGGAUGGGAAGUAUAGCUUCUAUUGUUUGAGGCCGGUGCCCUACCCCAUACCUUUUGAUGGCCCUGCAGGCGAGGUCUUGAAGGCGUUGGAUAGACACCCAUUCAGACCGGCUCAUAUACACUUUCUGCUUACUGCACCCGGUUACAAACCUAUUGUUACCCAAAUCUUCGACCGAACGAGCAAGUACAUCGACGACGACGCUGUCUUUGCAGUCAAAGACUCUCUUCUUGUAGAUUUCAAACCUUUCGAGGGAGAUCCGCAAGCGGACUUUGAGCUGCCAUAUGAUUUCAAGAUGGCAAGCUUCGAGGAUGCUAAGAAGCACUCGGUUGCAGGGACGACAGAAGAAAGCGCGUAA